AUGUCUAGUCUCCUUCAGCCCGUUGUUGUCGGGAACAAACUCCAUCUAUCCAAUCGCGUGGUUAUGGGUUCUAUGACACGCAACCGCUGCGUGAAUGACUGCAAGCCAGGCGGUGAACAAAUUCAGCAUUACUCAGAACGAGCGAAACAUGGCGCAGGACUUAUCAUCGCAGAAGGCACUUUCAUCGACUGGCAAGGCUGUGAUUGGAAGUGGGCACCUCUCAUGAUCACCGAGGAUCAUGCGCAAGCAUGGAAGAAAGUGACGACGGCUGUACAUACGCAGGGUGGGAAGAUUUACUUCCAGCCAUGGCAUCUUGGUCGCUGCCAAAAUGAACAGAUUCCUAUUAUGCAAGCAAAGAAUCAUCCGGUUGUUGCACCCUCCAAGAUCCCGGCUCGAGGGGGCAAAUACCGUGAUCUUCCUGGCACUCCGGGGCACACUCAUAACAUCACUGAAAUUGAAAAUCCGCGCGACUUCGUCAACAUGUAUCGACACUCUGCCAUCCUCGCUAAAAGGGCAGGUUUCGACGGUAUUGAGCUCUUAGCUCAAGGCGGAUAUCUUCCCCAACAGUUUCUCAACUCACGCGCGAACAUCCGCACCGAUGCGUACGGUGGCUCUGUCGUAAACCGGUGCCGAUUCAUCCUGGAGGUGUCGGAUGUUCUGGCCGAAGUGUUCGGUUCCGAGUUCGUCUGUAUUAAAAUCUGUCCGACAGAUCAGACAAAUGACUCUGUCGUGACUUAUGAAGAGAUGAAGGAUGUUUAUACCCACCUUAUCAAAGAGCUUGUCAAAAGGCGGAUUGGCAUCAUCAAUCUUUCGCGGCGCGGUGCAAAUCACAAUACAGGAACAGGAGAUUUCUUUGGGAACACCACACGGCCGGAUGGCUUCCCUUUACCACUGGGUUACGAUCCGGUUAUUGACUUCGGACCUUUAGUCAAGUUUCCCGGAAGUCCUUCGAUGCUUAUGGCCAACUACGAUUAUACAGUCGACGAGGCGAAUUGUCUGGUAGUAGAAGGCAAAUUGGAUUUGAUCACGUUUGGCCGGCCCUUCAUUUACAACCCAGAUGUCAUCUUUCGAAUUCAACAUAGCAUUCCUUUUGCAGAGAACAAUCGAGGCAAUAACGUUCAUUACGGACCAUUUGAGGAACCAAAUCAAAACUAUAAUGACUGGCCCAUUGCUGCUGCUUAG